UCGCGGCCCGUCGUCCCCCCAGAUCAACCAGCAAGUCUGGAAGCCAGCAGGGUGCGGGAGAAGCACCGCGAAGCCGAGAUGGAGGCGGCGGCUCGCCUCCCCCUCCCCAUCGUCUCCGCCCUCCUCCUCCUGCUAAUCCUCUCGCCGGCGGCGACGGCGGCAGCGAGGGUGGCGCCGCCGCGCAUGCAGCCGCUCGCCACGGCCGCGCUGCGCCGCCUCUACGACAACUCCAACUACGGCAAGCUGCAGCUCAACAACGGCCUCGCGCUCACACCGCAGAUGGGGUGGAACAGCUGGAAUUUCUUCGCCUGCAACAUCAACGAGACGGUCAUCCGAGAGACAGCUGAUGCGCUGGUGUCGACGGGACUGGCUGAGUUGGGCUACAGCUAUGUAAAUAUUGGUAUACCACUUGGCUCAAUUCAGCAGAUUGUUGCCUCUAGGGACUUCUUUUUUUCAGAAAAAGUAAUCUUACUCUUGUUGCUCCCUUCCUCAGAUGAUUGCUGGUCCUAUGUGAAAAGAGGAAAGAAGGAUCAAUUGCUACCUGAUCCAAAGACUUUCCCUUCAGGCAUCAAAGCUCUUGCAGAUUAUGUGCACGGAAAAGGUUUAAAACUUGGUAUAUACUCAGAUGCUGGGAAAUUUACUUGUCAAGUUCGACCUGGGUCGCUCUAUCAUGAAAAUGAUGAUGCCGCACUCUUUGCUUCAUGGGGUGUUGACUACCUGAAAUAUGACAACUGCUUCAAUCUGGGAAUAAAGCCUCAGAAAAGAUAUCCUCCUAUGCGAGAUGCUCUUAAUUCAACUGGGCGCCAAAUAUUCUACUCUUUGUGUGAGUGGGGCCAGGAUGAUCCAGCCUUGUGGGCUGGCAAAGUUGGAAAUAGUUGGCGUACAACAGAUGACAUAACGGAUACAUGGAAAAGCAUGACAGAUAUUGCUGAUAAGAAUAACAAGUGGGCAUCAUAUGCUGGACCUGGUGGUUGGAAUGACCCAGAUAUGCUGGAGGUAGGGAAUGGUGGCAUGACCUUUGCUGAGUAUCGCUCACAUUUUAGCAUCUGGGCUCUCAUGAAGGCCCCUCUAUUAAUUGGCUGUGAUGUCAGAAAUAUGACUUCAGAAACGAUGAAAAUAUUGAGCAACAAAGAAGUAAUUCAAGUAAACCAAGAUCCUCUUGGAGUUCAAGGAAGAAAAAUUUUAGGAGAAGGACAAUAUGGAUGCCACGAGGUGUGGGCUGGCCCCCUGUCUGGAAAUCGGCUUGCUGUUGCUUUGUGGAACCGAUGUUCGGAGACUGCUAAUAUUACAAUGAAAUUGCCAGCGGUAGGCCUUGAUGGGUCAGCUGCCUAUUCUGUUAGAGAUCUGUGGAAGCAUGAGACUCUAUCAGAAAACAUUGUUGGAACUUUUGGCGCUCAAGUUGACGUGCAUGACACCAAGAUGUACAUUUUUUCUCCUGCCAUCAGUGUCGCUUCAAUUUGAUUGGAACGGGUGAAGUCUGGAUGGCAACAUGUUUUAUCCCAGUAUAUAAUGGCAAUAAAAUCCAUCUGUUUUCCCGUAAUCUGUUCCACUCGUGCGGAAGUUUGAUUCGUGCAGAAAUGUUGCGAUAUUGUUUGCCUUAUCUCUGGGGGAGUUCAUACAAGUGGACCUUGCAAAGUUCACGCUCGAGUUAAGUUGAUUGUUGUGGAGCCUUGCUGCCGAUGCCAUGCCGUUGCCGUUGGACGAUGGUAGGCACUUGUCACAAGCUGUUGUGAUCACAUAAUGUGUAAUUAUUUUGAUUUAAAAAUAGAUGUACCAUGCCUUCGCACUGCAACUGGUUGGGGGAUGCAGUAUUCAGGCUCCAAUCAGCCAAAGACGCAACCGUGAGAUAAUUUCAAUUAAAAUGAUCAGACGAGAUGUGCUUGGCGUUGACAUGGAUACAGCUGCUGUGCACGAUGACCUUGAUCUUGCUGUCGAAGAAGCUGAUGAUUGCUUUUGUUUUUCCUCUGCUUGGUUUUGUUUGUGAAUGAAUGAAGUCCCCAUUUUUCAGUGUUCA